GCUGAACAGUGGUUUUUUUACUUUUUACAAAAAAAACGAGGAAGUGAAGUUGUCAAAACAAGGCAACAACAAGAAGGCGAAGGUCACUCUGCUGUUCACACUUUUUCAGCCUCCACUAACUGCAGCUUUUUCUUGUAAUAAUUUUGUGUUGGUUUUUAGACUGAAACAAAUAACCGAACAUUGACCUGACAGAUACUUAAAAAGUCCGUUAAUCUGGGGAAAUCACCCGAUUACAUGAUUGCCAGCAGUGCGUGUAAUGCAAAUACUCAAAUGUGCACGUGAACUUCCACAGUGGAAACUGGGUACGUGUUUCGAGUACAGAGUAGAAAAAUUACUGACUGGAACUAGAGUGAAGAAGAAAAUGGAUGGAGAAAUGAGGAGCAGAAGGGCACUUUCUCUGAUGUGCUUGUUUCUGACUGUGCUCCAGAUCAGCACACCUUCCUCAGCUCAAAACACAACUUUGAGUACUGCUAGCACCACCACCAAAGCUCCGAGCACUGACACUCUCAAGUACAGCACACAACCAUCUAACAUCUCAGUGGGUGUGGGAGAGUCUGCAGUGUUUCACUGUGGCGUGCCCGAAGCGCAUCCGAACCUCACGUUCACCUUGUACGGGAGUAAUCACAACUACAGCCUCACCUGCCCAGGUGGCCAUGUGGAAGACAUCCCCCAGGCUCUCUAUGGAAGUUGUGAAAUGAAGAAUGGAGAGUCGCUGGCUGUGUGGACUCUCCUGGGAACUGCCUUCCCCAACAACGGCACAAGAGUAGUUUGUCAGCAGCUGAGUAACCCAAAAGCGCUCUCUGCCGUCCUGCAUGUUUAUGAUACUGGUGCAACCAAUGUCCUUCUCAUUGGCUGUAUCAUUGGGGGAUUCUUUGGAGUCCUAUUAGUGGCAGCUUUGUUAUACACCUUCCUGGUCAAAUCUGAGUCCUUCGAGAAAUGCUUCGGUGGGGAAGAAACCGAAGAUGAUUUGACCACUAUUGUAUCAAAGGAAUAAAAGAAGAAAUAAAAUCAAGACUUUGCAAGAUGUGACAGACUGAUAAUAGAUACUGCAACCAUUUCUAUUUUUUAACCAGGCUAACUAAAGUGAGAGCUGGACUCAGCCAAGGUCUGGAGAUAAUACUGUUGCAAAUGUUUCAAAUCAAUACUUUAGUCCUUUGUUCUGUUGGUUAAAAAGAGGAAGAGAAGCUGAAAAUGCUAACAGAUAUGAAGAGACAAUCUGUUUGAUCUAUUCGCUUUAGAUGCUUUGAAUAAUUUCUUCUCCUGCGUUAAAUUAUUCGUGACCACAGGCCAAAUAAAUCUUGCUUACUUACUUAAAAUUAGUGUAUGUGUGUGUGUAGAUAACAAGUAAAAUCAGGCAGACAAAGAGCAAUGAGCUCAUUUACAUCUAAAUAAGUUGUUCUCUUAGCUUGAUAAAUAAGACUGGUAUUUUGUAAAAUUUUAGAGCACUUUUAUUUUGGAAAUAUUAUAAUUCUAAAUUUAUGUAGUGCAACAUCACAAAAAUCACCUGUACCAAUUCUGAUGAUGUGAUUUUUUUUAAUAAGUGAUGCUAAUUAUAGAAAAGAAAAAAAACAGUCAUUACAAUCACAUGAUCAUUAAAAUCUAAUUAUAAUAAACACACAAGCCACUUGAACUUGAAAUUGUGAUGAUGAGUAAUUUAGUAUCACCUAUUGAUUUUGAAUCUGUAAACAUGUUUUCAUCUCAGCCGCAGGUGGAAGGAAAACGAAUGAAAUGAAGUGCAAAACAUGGAAAUGAUGGUGCAUUGUAGCCAGUCGGUGCCAUGUUUUGCUAAAUGGCACUGACAUUUUUCUCUCUCUGCUCCAUUAUGACAGUAUGGUUUACACUUUUAUGCCUGCUUUUGAAGGCUUUCAGCCUGACGAUGAGCUGCUCACUAAUGGAGGAACUGCAUAUGCUUUUAACAGUAGGUUAGAUACCUGUACUUUCAGUUUGUCCACUUGAGGGAAGCACUUACUCUGAGGAAAAGCUGAUCAUCAAAGAAUGACUGUGAAUAAAAACUCUUAGUCAACA